GCCCUGCUGCUCUCGCAGUGCAUUGUGGUCUGUAUGCCAAAGGAAGCCGCUACACCGGAAUCUGAAGAAUUUGAGGUGUCCGCCAAGUCUACUGUUCAUCGCUGGCUAGUCUCUCUGCAUCCAAUACAUCUGUGCAGCACUUUCUUCGGUUUUCAAGGACAAAAAAUGUCUCAGGCCGACAAAAUAAAGCAGGGCCAGUUCACCAACCCUGAAACCCCAGGGUAUGUUGGAUUUGCCAACCUCCCUAAUCAGGUUCAUCGCAAAUCUGUAAAGAAAGGAUUUGAGUUUACGUUGAUGGUUGUAGGUGAAUCUGGACUUGGAAAAUCCACCCUGAUCAACAGCCUGUUUCUCACUGACCUUUACCCUGAGAGGGUCAUCCCUGGAGCGGCAGAAAAGAUAGAAAGGACUGUUCAGAUCGAGGCAUCAACGGUAGAAAUUGAGGAGCGAGGAGUGAAGCUCCGUCUUACUGUGGUCGACACGCCAGGAUAUGGAGACGCCAUCAAUAGCCAAGACUGUUUCAGCACCAUUAUCAGCUACAUCGAUGACCAGUUUGAGCGCUACCUCCAUGACGAGAGCGGUCUAAAUCGCAGGCACAUUGUCGACAAUAGAGUUCACUGCUGCUUCUAUUUUAUUUCCCCGCUUGGCCAUGGGCUGAAACCGCUGGAUGUUCAGUUUAUGAAGGCCAUUCACAAUAAGGUCAAUGUGGUUCCUGUCAUCGCCAAGGCAGACACGCUCACCCUCAGAGAGAGGGAGAGGCUCAAGCGCAGGAUUCUGGAUGAGAUUGAUGAACAUGGCAUCAAGAUUUACCACCUUCCUGAUGCGGAGUCUGAUGAGGAUGAGGACUUCAAAGAGCAAACCAAGAUCCUCAAGGCUAGCAUCCCGUUUGCAGUGGUGGGAUCCAACCAGCAGAUUGAGGCCAAAGGGAAGAAGGUGAGGGGCCGCCUGUACCCUUGGGGAGUGGUGGAGGUGGAGAAUCCUGAACACAACGAUUUCCUCAAGUUGCGGAUCAUGCUAAUAACCCACAUGCAGGAUCUACAGGAAGUGACCCAGGACCUCCACUACGAGAACUUCCGCUCGGAGCGCCUUAAACGGGGUGGCAGGUUGUCCUCCCAUGGUUACAUUCUGCCUCUUUCUCCUGCAAAUGGACCGGAGCCGGAGGAAAUGGACAAGGAUAUGAUCCUGCAGGAGAAGGAGGCUGAGUUGAGACGAAUGCAGGAGAUGAUUACCAAGAUGCAGGCCCAGAUGCAGAAGCAGGGAGACGGAGAUGGAGACGGCCCCAAUGUGUGAAAAGAUGUUGGCUUUUUAGCCACUGCGCCGCGGCUCGAGUUUGACGGAGGAUGGCAGAGAACGCCUAAGCAAGUUAUUGACUUGUACUGCUUGCCACUAUUUUUAGUCUAAUCCUACACAGAGCUGGAUUCUUUAAAAAAAGAAAUAUAUAUAUAUAUACAUACAGUGAAGUAUAUUCAAACAGUAUUACAUUUAUAUAUUUUCACACGGUUCUAUUCCCUUUAUUUUUUUUCCUUUGCAAGUUACUGAAAUGAAGUCACAGAUCUUUUUAAAGUGGUGGCCUUUGAUACAAAUUUAUAUUUCCUUUUUUUCCCAUUUAGAAAAGUACUGCUGCUUGUAAUUCUAAAACAUCUCUCUAAGCAUGCGCUAACUUUGCUCUGUGAAGGAGCCCACCAUUGUUUUCUUGAUCUUCUUUAAGUGAAGGGAUAUUCAUCUGGUUCAUCUGUGACCACGCAAGCCUCCCAAUGAAUAGGCUCCAUUUGCUCAGUGUCAAUCAUUUUACCCACCUCAUCCGCAUGCAGCUCUCAACCCCGUCUGGUCAAAUCUGUGAAUUUUCUCUCUAGUGCUCCAGUGUUAUGAUGGGCGUCUCCCUUUACUUAGGACUUAUCUUAUUUCACAAUUAGGGAGGUUCCUUAGAUCAGGGUCGAAGUGAAAUGGUAUUCAAGUGUUGUUAACCUCCUUUUUGACUUUGAUAUGAAUUAGAUGAGCUGUGACCCCUGACCUCUUAGUCUUGAAGACCUAAACAAAGGAGGUGUGAUGCCUCUGUUUAAUUAAAGGUAAUCUCCAUGUUUCAUCCAUACUGUAAAGUGAAGUCAUGUGCCAGAGAGCUUUAACUGUAUGCUUUCUUUUUUGACGCAGUGAGAUUUGUGGUAGAAACCUUUAGCUGUCCCAACUGCUGUUUACUUUGUGGUUUCCAUGACCACAGAGAUUGAAGUGACCCAAUCCGGUCGUUGUAGCCAACGUUUCCCUCACCAGCCGAGAUGUGAGUUCUUGACAUUCCUCUUUGUGUUGUUUUUUUUAUCCAAUAUUAAAGCACCCAAUAGUUCUUGAUGCAUAUUGUUAUACGUUUUAUUAAACUUUUAUAAAUCCUGA